AUGGCUUUAGAAGACGGGAGUGAGGAGUGGAAAGAAAUGAGCAAGAAAGUGAGAGAAGCAUGUGAGAGUCAUGGUUGCUUCCUCUUGAUGUGUGAUGCGAUCAUCCCCAAGAGUGUGUGUGAAGAGAUGUUUAAUAAUUUGAAAGCUUUAUUUGAUUUGUCUGAAGAAACAAAACAGCAACACAUGAGUCCAAAACCUUACAGGAGCUACAAUGGCAAGAACUCAGUCAUUCCCUUCUGUGAAAGCUUUGGGUUCGAUGAUGUUCCUCUCUCAGCUACUGCUGAAGCCUUCACUAACCUCAUGUGGCCUCAAGGAAACACACCUUUCUGUUUUUCACGAUUGAUCAAGUACAAAGUUCCUGAAAGCAAUAAUGACUCCCAGACUUGUCUUCCACCUCACACAGAUAAUAGUGCUUUAACCAUUUUAUGCCAAAAAGAUGUCCAAGGACUCCAGGUGUUAUCCAAAACAGACAAAUGGAUUGAAUUGGAGAUACCCCCUGAUGGCUUUGUAGUUCUUGUUGGUGAUAUACUCAAGGCAUGGAGCAACGGGAGGCUUCAUGCAGUCACCCACAGAGUGAUGUUGGGAGGAGAGAAAGAGAGAUACUCAUUUGGACUUUUUGCAAUGCCAAAGGAAGAGAUGAACAUUGAGGUGCCCGAUGAGUUAGUGGAUGACAAAGUUCAUCCCUUACGUUACCAUCCCUUCAAUUAUGGAGAGUACUUCAACUACUUUGUUUCAAAUCCCAUAGAAGCUCUUGAAGUGUUUGCAGGUGUUUGA